AUGUCCUUCACCCCUACCACCGCGAUCGCGACAGUCGCAGAAACAACCCCCACCCCCGCCAGCAACAGCAUCCCCGCCUCUCUCCCGCCGCCAGAGUCCACACACCCAGAGCACCAGUACCUCUCACUCGUACGCCGCAUCCUCACCGAAGGCGAGCACCGCCCUGACCGAACAGGCACAGGCACCCUCGCCCUGUUCGCCCCCCCACAGCUCCGCUUCUCCCUCCGCAACAACACCUUCCCCCUCCUCACCACCAAGCGCGUCCACACCCGCGCCAUCCUCCACGAACUCCUCUGGUUCAUCUCCGGCUCCACCUCCUCGCUCCCGCUGUCCGCCCUCGGCGUCAAGAUCUGGGACGCAAACGGGUCGCGCGCCGCGCUCGACAAGCUCGGCUUCACGGACCGCGCCGUCGGCGACCUCGGCCCCGUGUACGGGUUCCAGUGGCGCCAUUUCGGCGCCGAGUACCGCGGCCCCGACGCGGACUAUGCGGGGCAGGGGGUGGACCAGCUGGCGGCCGUCAUCAAUACGCUCAAGACGAACCCGUAUGAUAGGAGGAUUAUCAUGAGUGCGUGGAACCCGGCGGAUCUGGGGAAGAUGGCGCUGCCGCCGUGUCAUAUGUUUGCGCAGUUCUAUGUGGGCUAUCCCGGCGGGAAGGGGGGUAGGGGGGAGCUGAGCUGCGUGCUGUAUCAGAGGUCGUGUGAUAUGGGGCUGGGCGUGCCGUUUAAUAUUGCGUCGUAUGCGGCGCUGACGAGGAUGGUGGCGGGCGUGUGUGGGUUGGAUCCCGGCGAGUUUGUGCAUACGAUGGGCGAUGCGCAUGUGUAUGUGGACCAUGUGGAUGCGCUGAAGGUGCAGGUGGAGAGGGAGCCGAGGCCGUUUCCGAAGUUGGUGGUGAGGGAGAGGAGCGGCAUUGAUGAGUAUGUGUUUGAGGAUUUUGAGAUUGUGGGGUAUGAGCCGUGGCCGGCGAUUAAGAUGAAUAUGAGCGUUUAG